AUGCCGGAAAUGAGAGCAGUUGUGGUAGAGGGCGGCAAAGGUCCCGCGGACGCCAUGUCCAUCGAGCAGAUCCCAAAGCCGGCACCGUCGGUGGGACAGGCAUUGGUCAAAAUCAAGGCCUUUGGUCUGAACCGCAUGGAUCUACUACAGAGGGAGGGUCUAUACCCUCUUCCACCACAAGCGCCAGAGACCAUGGGUGUCGAGUUCUCAGGCACUGUGGAGUCGAUCGGCGCUGACGCGGAAUCUGGCUUCAAGGUUGGAGAUGCCGUGUUCGGUCUUGCGUAUGGAGGGGCGUAUGCAGAGUACAUCGUCGUCGAUACGGGAAUGCUGAUCCAUAAACCUACGGAGCUUUCGUGGGAACAGGCUGCUGGUGUUCCAGAGACGUGGAUCACUGCAUCGCAGGCCCUCAACGUCAUCGGAGAAUUCAAGCAAGGCCAUUCUGUACUUUGGCACGCCGGCGCCUCAUCCGUCUCCAUCUGCGGCAUCCAACUCGCCAGGGCAGAGGGUGCUAAAGCCAUCUACGCGACAGCCGGCUCCCAGGAAAAAUGCGAUUUUCUUGUCAACGAACUAGGCGUGACAGCCGCCAUCAACUACAGGACUCAAGACUGGGCCGUGGAGCUUAACAAAGUUACAAACGGGGCGGGCGUUGACCUGAUUGUUGACUUUAUCGGCGCGAACUACUUCCAGGGGAACCUGGACAUUGCGGCGCCUGAUGGCCGCGUUGUUGUUCUAGGCUUGAUGAGCGGAAGCCAAUUGCCGAACGAUGUGGACAUUGGCCAGUUGCUAUUCAAGCGACUCCGCGUCGAGGGUAGUACGCUUCGCAGCCGGGAACUUGAGUAUCAGCGGAGGCUGAGAGACUCCAUGGUGGAGCAUGUGCUCCCGGGACUGAAAGACAGGACGUUCAAAGUCUUUGUUGAGAGAGUCUUUCCUUUUUCUGAGAUUGUGGAAGCUCAUAAGUUGCUGGAGACUAACAGGACGAGGGGCAAGUUAGUGUGCGUUAUAUAA